GUGUGUCCUCGUUAUUUGACACCUGAUGACACACACGAUCUUUGCAUCUUUUGUUUGGUCGAAGAGCACACACAAUGUCCUCGAGGGGGCAGUUUGCGUGCACUGAGAGUUUUUCCUAUAAAAAAGCUCCGCUCUCGUUUGUCUCUCUUUUUGAGGAAAGAGGGACAGCCAUCAUCUCCCCGUGGUUCAGGACCCUCCGCUGCUGAGGCACGGAGGAAAAUGAGCUUGUGGGGAUCGCAGAUGGACCUGGUUGAUGAGUUGAAAAAGGGUCUUUCCCUUUCGCGCUCAUCAGUCACGGACGAGAGUGAGCUACUGGACGACGAUGCUAUCUCUCUUACAUCGUCUGAUCCAUCGAGAUGUCAAAUGAGGACGAAGAAGUCGAGACUGAGUCCUCCCAAUCCUCCUGCCCUGCGUAUGAUGAGCUGCUUGAGGUUAUGGAUUGCGCCACAGCAAGGCUUGACUUGGAAGCGGGCCAAGAAAGUGACACCUAGAGGCCGCCUCGACAAGCAUUUUCUUUCUAGCCAUAGCCCUCCAGCUCAGGUUAGCCUUCCAUUUAUUCCCGAUCUCCACAUGAUCCACAAGGCUUGGAAAAAUCCAUUCUCGUCUCGCAUCCAUAGAUUCCAGCAUACUAGUUAUGCCAACAUUGAGGGGAUGCGUGAGAAUGGUUAUGAGAAGAUGCCCCCUGUUGAAGAGACGCUGGCCUGCUAUCUCUCUAUGGGAGAGACAUCUUCUCUUAAGGCUCCCUCCCUGCUGUUCAAACCCCUUGAGGAUACAUCUCGUUUGAAUGGCAGGGCAUACUGCAUACUGCAGCAGGUCAGGCUGCAGCCUCGUUGCAUACCAUGGUGGUGCUUCAGGCUUAUCAGGCUGAUCUGCUGAAAGACCUGGAUAAAGGUCAGGGUCUAUCCCCUGAUGAGGUGGCUGAGUUGCGUCAAACCACGGAUCUUGCUCUGUUUUCUGACUUUUUAGGUUUGACCCCCCCGUGCUAAGUCGGGGCCUCCUGCUGUUGACCGAUUAUAGUGAUGGUUUCACUCAUCGGUACUGGAUACAGGCUGGUGAUAGCCCUCAUCUUCGGCUUGGACACGCAGCCUGAGUCUUUCCUUAACCAUCAUGCACGUUCUCUGAGCUAGAGCUCCUCUCGCUGAGGCAUUGAGGAACUCAACACUCCAUAGACGGUCAGGCCCGCGGGUCCUUCCUGUCACACUGCCCUUAUGGUUGAACCAGUAAUCGGCCCUCUGAGGAGUGGGCUUGAGUACACUGCGUUCCCUGAGGUACGAGGGAUUUGUGUUUCUGCGGAAACCCCUCUUGUAUGCUUCUGCUCUGAGGAGCAAUAAGAUCUGUAUGCAUGAAUAGUUAUUGGGUCCCGCUAUUUCUUCAGAUUCUAUCGGGUCUGGUUAUUUGUGAUCCACGCUCUGUAUCGAGAUGCAUCGAGAGCAUGAGACCUGUCUCUUAUUGGGCCCUGCUGGGUUACCCCUUCUAAUCUAGCGCUUCCUUCUGGUUGAGCUGAGAAGUGCUCAUCUCACUGUGAGGGUUAGCUAUGAGUCGCUCCCAGUAUGUGCUGUAAGGGCCCGCCUCAGCUUGAGAGCCGAGAGUGCUGCUCCCGAAAUAACCCAUUUGCAACAAACUGAGUGUUAGGUCCGUCUCUGUCACCUCCUUGGACAGUUGGACCCUGGGAUAUUGAUCGCUUUGGUCGAGCUGGGUUCCUCUCUCUCCUCGCUAGGGGUUGAACCCUCUGCUCUUGAACUCCGUGGCAGUGACAUCAGGUAGUUGGGCCGCUUGCUGCUUCCCUGAUAAGCUGCCUCUAUUUGGGU